AUGCCCGACCCGGGCCUCGCGCCCUUCACGACCGUGUUCCGCGCCGGCGGCGACGCGCAGCACCGCGUGCGCCGCAACCGCCUGGCCGUCUCGUGCACCGCCUGCCAGCGGCGCAAGUCCAAGUGCGACCGGCGGCAGCCCUGCGGCGCGUGCGAGAAGCGCGGCGACGCCGAGGCCUGUCACUUUGGAAGCUCCGCGACGACGACGGCGGCCGUGACCGGCGGCGGAGGGGGAGGAGGAGUCGGUCGAGCCGCCGGCGGCAGGGCGGGACAGAGAGGAAGGUCCGAGGUGCAGCUGCGGCUCAACCGCCUCGAGGAGAUGGUCAAGGGCCUGGCUGAUGCAAAGGCAACGCGCCGGCAGCAGAGCGGACGGGAGCCGCUCGGUGAAGGCAAGGGCGCGGCGAGCAGCAACGGGGCGCCUGUUCCGAGGCAUCACCGCAUCGUCUUGACGGACGAGGCCGACGACGAGGAUGGGCACGGCGACUACCACGGCGCGACGUCGUGGGCCGCGCUCGUCGACAGCAUCCACGACAUCCAGACGCUCCUCAGCCAGAGCGACGACCAGGACGAGCCGGCAGCGGCAGACGCGGGCCCGCGCCUGCCCGCCAUCGGGCCCGAGGGCCACGACGUGCUCUUCCCCGGCGUGCAGCCCGUCAGCGUCGCCGACAUCGUCGGGACGCUGCCGCCGCGGGCCGACGCCGACCGCCUGCUGGGGCUCUUUUUCAACGCAAAGUUCAUCUCCAAGCCGUUCUUGCACGCGCACCAGUUCCGGCGGCGGUACGAGGCGUUCUGGGCGGACCCCGCGUCGGCGCCGCUGCUCUGGGUCAGCAUCAUGUUUUCCGUCCUGUCGGCGGGCGUGACGGUGGCCAAGGCGCGGGAUCGGGGUCUGGUUGCGCGGCUGCGAGAGGAGCGGCGACAGCGAGGGCAGGCAUCGCAACAGGUUGAUCACCACCAGCAGCAGCAGCAGCGGGCGCAAGCGCGGUCCGACAACAGCGACGACGACGACAACGUCGACAAUGUCGACAACCCCGAGGUCGCGUUCCGCGUCAAGGCCGCGCAGUGCCUCGUCGCGGGCAAGUACCUCCGCGCGCGCGCCCUGUCCGUCGAGGCGCUCGUCAUGUACGCGCACUGCUGCAACAUCCAGCAGCACGACUCGGACUCGACGCUCUGGAGCCUGUACGAGGUGGGCGUGCGGCUCGCGCAGAAGCGCGGCUACCACCGCGACGCGGCGCGCAUCGGGCUGCGCCUGACGCCCUUCGAGGCCGAGAUGCGCCGCCGCACCUGGUUCAUGGUGCAGUCGUCGGACCUGCUCUUCUCCUUCCAGCACGGCGUGCCCUCGUCCGUCGACGACGCCCUCUGCGACGUCGCCCACCCGACCAACCUCGCCGACGAGGACUUUGACGAGCGGUCGGACCCCCUGCCGCCGCCGAGGCAGCCCGUCGACCCCCUGCCCAUCCUCGCCUACGUCGUCAAGUCGCAGCUGUGCCGCGUCCUGCGCCGCGUCGUCCGCCUCACCCUCGACCCGGAGCCGGGCCCGCCGCCGUACGCCCGCGUCCGGGAACUGCACGACCAGCUGACGGCCUGGCACGACGGGAUCCCCCCCUGCCUGCGCGUCCGGCCCGUCCGCGACACGGCCUUUACCGACCAAAACUACACCAUCAUGCACCGCCUCAUGCUGGAGCUCAUGUACCUCAAGACGCUGUGCGUGCUGCACCGCCCGUUCCUGACAGUGGGCCACGACGACGACGACGACGAUGACGACCAAGGCAAAGGCGACGACGGGCCGGCCUUUUCGCGGCGCGUGUGUCGCGAGGCCGCCGUCCGCCUCCUCGAGCUGCACCUCGACGUCGACGCCGCCAUGCGGCCCGGCGGCAGGAUGCACGAGGACCGCUACAUGGUCUCGAGCCUGACGUACCACCAUUUCCUGCUGGCGGCCAUGGUGCUGUGCCUCGACCUCAGCGAGUCGACCGACUACAGCCUCGACGAGAGAGCAAGCCGCACCCGCCUCCUCCACGCCAUCCACGCCGUCUGGUCCUCCCGCGCGGCGACAUCCCGCGACGCUGCCCAUGCCACGCGCAUCCUGCGCGCCAUCCUCAGCCGUGUCGAGACGCCGCCCAGCGACGCCUCCCCUCCCGCCGCCUCGGCCACGGCGUCGGCCCCGACCUCCUCCGUAUCUGUUAGCCCGCCUGGCGGUCUUGCCGCCGACGCGUCCUACUCAUCCUCCUUCUCCAUCUCCGCGUCCCCCUCCGCGACCGCCACCGCCACCGCCAGCCCCGACACCGCGGCGAGUAGUAGCGGCGCCGUUGCCUCGGCGAUGAUGCACGACGGCACGUCGCCUGCCGUCCCCGGCGGAGUCAAGGCCGCGGCGGCCCUCAUGGCGCCCCCGCCUGCGCCGGCCCUCGCCCCGGUGCCCGUGUCCCUGCCGCUCACUCCGGGGCCGCAAGCACCGCCUCAAUACGACUACGGCGUCAUGGACGUGGAUGACGACUACCCCGUCAACUUUGACGAGAUGCCCCAGCUGGACAGCUUCUUCUCGAGCCCCGACGGCGUCGACUGGCACUCCAUCGACCAGUUCCUUCGCCUCGACCGCUCCAUGACAGACGCCUACAACGACCAGACUCUCCUCACGGACGUCGGGCCCUGA